GUUGUAAGUGCCAGAACAGUUUUGAUUGUACAGAAAUGGAUAACAAAGCUCCAGGACCAGCUUCUGGUUCCCCAGCAUCUGAAAAUAUUCCUUCUGGACUAAGUGUUUUCAGAACGAUACCAUAUGCUUUCAUCUUGCCAGAGCUGAUCUUGGGUUGCUGGGUUUGGAUUCUGGUAGCGGCUACCAAUGUGUAUUUCCCUUUGCUGCAAGGAUGGGUUAUGUAUGUGUCGGUCAGUUCCUUUGUCAUCUCCUUGCUCCUUCUACUGUCCUACCUGUUUGGCUUCCACAAAAACUAUGAGUCAUGGAAAAUUCUGGAUAGCCUUUACCAUGGAGCCACUGGCAUAUUCUACAUGAGUGCUGCAGUGUUACAGGCAAAUGCAACCAUCCGUUCUGAGACAGAAGUGCCAGCAGAACAUAUACCCCGCUACUAUCAACUUAAUGUUGCAGCCACGUUCUUUGCAUUCCUCACUACACUGCUGUAUAUUUUGCACGCCUUCAGCCAUUACUACCACUGAAAACCAUUGGGGAAGAAAACAACAUGAGACCAAAGUCAACCUCCAAGAGUGGCAUCACUUGGAAUCUGUGCUCCAAAACAGAUUGUUCAUAUUUGUGUAAGAAUAGAGUUCAGGCUUUUCAGCCUCAAGCACCUUCUUGAACCGAGUUUGGCUAAAACCCGCACUUUGUUCAUUCUAUCCUGCGGUGCUGUGCUCUGUAUGAAAACUCACUCAAAUCUCGAUAACCAGUUUCUGGUAAUUUGUGGAAUAUCCCAUUCUGUUUCACAGAUUUUGCCUUGUAAAAGCAUGUGUAAAUAAUAUACUCAUUUAUUUAAGAAGCAGUUUUUCCAAACCUGGUAUUUUCACGAGGAAUAUUUCUAUACUAACUCUGAUGCUGAAGAACCUUGGUGAAUUGUGAGUCUGCUAUGGAACCAUAAAUGUUGACGGCUGCAUCUACACUGCAGAAUGAAUGUAGUUUGACACUGCUUUAACUCAGUGCAGUU